AUGGGACACCUAAGCAAUGAUGAGUUCUUCGUCAAGCUCACUGAGCUCUUUGAUCAGAAGAAAAGCAAGGACCAUGGCUCUAUAGUCCUAGUACAAAAAAGAUUAUCCCACGGCCAAUCCUUACCAGAGUCGACAAGCGAUACCAUAUUCCCUGAUCUACACCCUCCGAGACCGAUGCCCGUGCUCAUUAGAGCAACGAAUGCGAAAGGCAAGGAACGUCGCAAGGAGAAGAUUAAGCUAUCCACCAUAGUCGAUCCCGAUACGCUUCCUAUCUUUUUCGAAAAGUAUGCUGAAGUUUGCAAAUUGGGCAUGACCACGUUGAAACCGAGAGAUCGCAGUAAGAGGAAGGGUAAAGCAAAGAAGAAGAAGGGCACUACCGCUGCUACCGGCACUUGA